AUUAAAGUGAUAUUUAUUAUUUGCAAAUUUGAGUUUUUUUAUCGGUAACUUUGCUAUUAGUUUCAUUUAUCUACCACCAGGUGAUAUCGAAAAAAUAUUCGUAUUCCAUCUACUUUCAACAUUGAAUGAAUUAAAAUGUUUUUAAUUACAUAAAGAAUAUUAAUUAUAAAUUAUUUUAUGCUAAAUAUAAUAUAGAAUUUAAUGAAAAAAAGUUAUACAAUGGGAAAAACCGAAAUUAAUGAUGAGAUAGUUCGAAUGAGGAAAUUGGUACGACAAGCCAAAGUAUGUAUAAUACAUAAAUUAAUUAGAGAAGCCAAAACAUUGCGUACAAAAAAUGGAACUGAGAAGCAACAAGAAAAGAACAAGAAGAAAGCUGAUAAAUUGAUCAACGAGAUAUAUUUCUUGAAAAAGAUCAAAGAUGAUCGUAUUACCAAAUUUGGUAUUACUAAUACAAAAAGUUUGCAAGAAAUUUUACAAAAUAAAAAGUCUAAGACAACUACUCGUAUUAUGGCCAAAGUAGUUGAUUAUAAAUCGUUAAAAAAUGCUAUAAUCCAAUUUCGCAACACAUACUCUGAUUAUGAGCAUUUACAACCUGGACAAAGUAAAUCUACAAAGCAAAAUAAGAAGCCUGAACAGGAAAAAGAGAGCAAGACAACAACGAAGAGAGAAACACGUGCAAGUACUAGAAUUACUGAAAGUUCUUUAGCGAAUGAAUCGAAUUCUGAUGAUGAAGAUAAUAAUAAUAUAGGGAUAGAAACAGAAGAUAACAAUCAUUCAGAGGAAGAACAAAAUUCAGAACAAAAUGAUUUAGAAACAGGGAGUAUUCUCAGAAUAAAACCUAUGAUUUGCAAACAGACUAAAUCCAAAGAAAAUAAACGUUUAAAAAGAGAUAGAAAAGAAAGUACAGAAUUUACAGAAGAGUGCAAUGAUAAAUAUGAUAACGAAGAUGUUAAAAAGAUCAAGAAAGCAGAGAUAAAGGAAAUAUCUCACAAUGAUAAAGAACAGGAUACGGUAAAGGUUAUUAGUAAACAGGCAACAGUAAAAAGAUUUACAGAAAUUUUACAGGAACAAAGUUCAGAGGAAAAUGGUUCUUCGAAUAUAAAUAAUGAAAAAGUUCCUAUUGAGAAUAAGUCAGAAUCUGAAAAAAAAAUUGAUUCAUUCUUCGUGAGUGGUGAUGGUGAUGCGUAUCUCAGCUUAGCAUCUUCAACAACUAAAGAAAAUAAUUAUCUAUCCGAGGAUGAAGAUAAUAACUAUUACAAUAAAAAAUCCAAAGAGUACAUUGAUAAAAGGACAUUCUCAAACGAUAGGUUCUUCAGUAAUAUAAAAUCCUCUGAAGCAAUAAAAGGAAAGGGAAGAGAAAAAGAAAGUAGGCAUAAUUUUAAUAGAGAUAAAAAUUUAUUUAAAAAGCAGAAGAACAACAAUGAAUCGUCCUUCAAAGAUACAAAGAAACGUAACAACGUCAUGAACGAGAAUUCUAACGAAAAUAAAAAUUUACAUCCCUCUUGGGCAGCGAAGAAGAAACAACAAGAAAUUAUAAAACAAGGUUUUCAAGGAAAGAAAAUCAUUUUCGAUAAUGAAUAAAUUAUAAUAUAUUGAUGUUUAUACAGGCUUUGUAAAUAAAUUAUUCUUAUCUUUAGGCGAUAGUUUUCUUAACGAAAAUUUUGUAAGAAUUCAAAUGAAUUGGAGAUUCUAAUGUGAUAUUAAGUUUUAUACGAGAAGGAAAUAUUACGGAAGUAUAGCAAAAUAGAGCGACGAGACGAGACGGGAAAUGAUUAAUUUUAUAGCCUCAUCACUUACUUCGUUUUGAUCGGUGAUUUUCUACGUCGGAAAGCGAUUACGUCCACGAUUUUCAACAUUCAUGUUCAUUUCUUUGUUCAAGAAGAAUUUUCGUACACUUUAUUGUAUACCAUGAUUAUUGUUAAUAUUAUAGGAAGUAGAAGAAAUAGAUCGUUUCAAACAUUUUUCAUUUUUUCUAUCUCUUAAAAAAUUUAGUAGGUUAACUAAUAUAAUAAUUGGUAGUAACAAAUACGAAUAAACGUUAUUAGUCAAAUAGUUCACACCGCACGUUUAUAAUAUAUAUAUACAUAUAUACAUAACAUAUAUUCGUGUUAAACAAAUAAAUUCUACAUCAUAAAUCUACAUAAAAAAUUGAUUACGUUGAUCCUUAGUUUCGAAAGAAUACAAAUAAAAAGUAAAACGUACGUAAGAUAAACUUAAUUUCAUAGUAUUCCUAUAAAACUUUAUACAAAAUAAUAGAUUAUUAUUUUAAAAUGGAUGAUGAUCGUAUGAAUCAGUAGUUGUUUUUUUUUUUCUUUUUUUUUGACAAAUUUUAAAAUAAAUAUUUUUUCGAUGGUACGAAUUUAUUAUUUAUAAGAAUUUAUUAAUAUCAUUAAAAAAAUUAUAGAGAUUAGAAAAAAAAAAUUGGACUUCUCGAGUCCGAUCUUGUAACGAAAGGGGGAAAAUAUAUAUAUAUAUAUAUAUAUGUACAGUUUGUCUCAUUUGUUUUUAGACAAAGUACGUUGCUUUUCACCGUGCGUAACUAAUUGAGAAUCGACGGGAAGACCUUUUCGACGUCGUACAGCGUCCAUGUAUUUCUUCGCACGAUUUCCACUAUCGGCUUUCUCGCCAUAAUGAAGAUAUUCUUCCUCUGUCGAUGGUACCCAGUAUGGAUCUUGUUCAAUAACCUAGAAAAAAACAAAAAAAAAAAA